CGCUCUCUAGGUGGGAGAACACUUCUUCCCCACGGCUCCAGGAGGCGAGAUCCUAGAAGCCCCUCGCCCGGACCCCGCCAAAGGCGCUGGGGAAGCGCCUCUGCCCCUUUAAGGUGCGGCGCUCCCCGAAGUGCCGGCAGGCGGCCCGGGAGCAGGCGCGGGGUGAGAGGUCCGGUCGCCUCCCUCCGUUCUCUGCCCGGCCUGGGGCCCGCGCCCCGCGCCCUCCGCCCAUCGCGCCGCGCGGACAUGCGGCGGCUCUGAGCCAUGUCCUCCUACGCCAAGAACGGGGCGGCUGACGGGCCGCACUCCCCCACCUCGCAGGUGGCCCGAGGCACCACGACCCGGAGGAGCAGGUUGAAAAGAUCCGAUGGCAGCACCACUUCGACCAGCUUCAUCCUCAGACAGGGUUCAGCAGAUUCCUAUACAAGCAGGCCAUCUGACUCCGAUGUCUCUUUGGAAGAGGACCGGGAAGCGAUUCGGCAGGAGAGAGAACAGCAAGCAGCUAUUCAACUUGAAAGAGCAAAGUCCAAACCUGUAGCAUUUGCUGUGAAGACGAAUGUGAGCUACUGCGGUGCCCUGGAUGAGGAUGUGCCUGUUCCAAGCACGGCCAUCUCCUUCGAUGCCAAGGACUUUCUUCACAUUAAAGAGAAAUACAACAAUGAUUGGUGGAUAGGAAGACUGGUAAAAGAAGGCUGUGAGAUUGGCUUCAUCCCAAGUCCGCUGCGGUUGGAGAACAUACGGAUUCAGCAAGAGCAGAAAAGAGGGCGUUUUCACGGGGGGAAAUCAAGUGGAAAUUCUUCCUCAAGUCUUGGAGAAAUGGUGUCAGGGACAUUUCGAGCAACUCCCACAUCUACAGCAAAACAGAAGCAAAAAGUGACGGAGCACAUUCCUCCUUAUGAUGUUGUGCCAUCAAUGCGUCCAGUGGUGUUAGUGGGGCCGUCACUAAAAGGUUAUGAGGUAACAGACAUGAUGCAGAAAGCACUCUUUGAUUUCCUGAAGCACAGGUUUGAUGGGAGGAUAUCAAUAACAAGAGUGACAGCUGAUAUUUCUCUUGCUAAGAGGUCUGUCCUGAACAAUCCUAGCAAGCGAGCAAUAAUUGAGCGUUCAAACACCAGAUCCAGCUUGGCGGAAGUACAAAGUGAAAUUGAAAGAAUUUUUGAGUUAGCAAGAUCUUUGCAGCUGGUUGUUCUUGAUGCCGACACCAUCAAUCACCCAGCACAACUUAUAAAGACUUCCUUAGCUCCAAUCAUCGUUCAUGUAAAAGUCUCAUCUCCAAAGGUUUUACAGCGGCUGAUUAAAUCUAGAGGAAAGUCCCAAAGCAAACACUUGAACGUUCAGCUGGUGGCAGCCGAUAAACUAGCCCAAUGCCCGCCUGAAAUGUUUGAUGUUAUAUUGGAUGAGAAUCAGCUUGAAGAUGCGUGCGAACAUCUGGGAGAGUACCUUGAGGCAUACUGGCGUGCCACCCACACAACCAGUAGCACCCCCAUGACCCCAUUGCUGGGGAGGAACUUGGGCUCCACGGCGCUCUCACCAUAUCCCACAGCAAUCUCUGGGUUACAGAGUCAGCGAAUGAGGCACAGCAACCACUCCACAGAGAAUUCUCCAAUUGAAAGACGAAGCCUAAUGACCUCUGAUGAAAAUUAUCACAAUGAAAGGGCUCGUAAGAGUAGGAACCGCUUGUCUUCCAGUUCCCAGCACAGCCGAGAUCAUUACCCUCUGGUGGAAGAAGAUUACCCUGACUCAUACCAGGACACUUACAAACCCCAUAGAAACCGAGGCUCACCUGGAGGAUAUAGCCAUGACUCUAGACAUAGGCUUUGAGGCUGCUGAAACCACAUACACACACACACACACACACACACACACACACACACAACACACACAACACACACACACAAAUUCAUUUGUUGGCAAUUUGCCAUAGCACUGCUGGUUUAAACCAAUCAUCUUAAUUUGGCAAGCACAGUGCAGGAUGUGCUGUGGGCUGCUGUCAUGUAAUGCUAAGGGGCAAAAAAAUUAAAGUACAUUAUGCCCUUGGGUUAGAUGGAUAUUAGAAGCCCAAUCAUAGAGAUAUUUUUAAGUGCAACAUUUACAUAACAGUACCUUUUGUUUUCUUCACAGAUUUUAGGCACAUCAAUUUGUAAUUUAGGGUACUUAUCAAGGCACAUAUAAAAUAAUUUCCCAUGUAGGAAAUUCCAAAUGACCAGUUCCAGUUGGAACCAAUUUAUAAACCAAUUCCUGUUGGAAUUUGGGUGAAUUGACUGGAAAGUCUACUUGAGCAUGUUGAAAUCAAUUGAAAAAUUAGAAAAAAAAACUAAUAAAAUCAAAAUGCCAAUAAGAAGCCAAAACCAGCUACGGUAUUUAUUUGCUGGAACUAAAUUUACACUUAAAGUUAGAAUGUAUAAACAUUUUAAUAUAUGUUAAUGUUUCCAGAAUGGCUUUCAACUUACCAAAUGUAUUGAUAGUGCCAAAAAAUAAAACCCUCAGAAAUCUUAAUGCAGAAAUUAUAUAGUCUCCUCAGAGUUUAAUAGUUUUAUUUUUUCCUGGCACAGCUGUUGUAUUCAAAGUGUUUUGCUUUGUGUUCAAUAAGUACUGUUAGCUUAUUUGAAGUUGGCAAAAAAAAAAAAAGAAAGAAAAAGGAAAGAAGAGUUUUUUUUUUAG